AUGGAAGAGGUUGCACAGAUGCUUGACGGACAUGACAUUUGUAUGAUAAACCAAACAAAUUUUGAGUCAUUGGAUUACGCUUUUUCUAGUGGUUUAGAUCAUGUUUUAGGCAAUGUUCAUCAAGGAUUAGUUGAAGAUGAUGAAUCACUCAAUUAUCUUGGAUCAUCAUAUACGCCAUUGGUGACUCAAGACAACCUUGAGGAGGCUCCACCUAAGAAAAAAGCUAGGCUAUACAAAGAUAAUAGAGGUAAGAAAAGCAUUGAAUUUAGAAAAGAAAAGGAGGAAAAUGAAAGUAAUAGCAAGAGUGAAGGGGAAAUUUUAGAAGAUGAAUCAAAAACUACUCAAGAAAGCAAUGAACCAAAAAGUUGGGCAUCAAAAGAAACUUGUAAAGGAAAGAAAAGAGCAAGCAGGGGUGCAGCUACUGACCCUCAAAGCCUUUAUGCUAGGAGACGAAGGGAGAAAAUAAAUGAGAGAUUAAGAAUCUUACAAAACCUUAUCCCUAACGGAACAAAGGUGGACAUUAGCACAAUGCUAGAAGAGGCUUCUCAUUAUGUUAAGUUUUUACAGCUUCAAAUCCAGUUGUUGAGCUCAGAUGAGUUAUGGAUGUAUGCGCCUAUUGCAUAUAAUGGAGUUGAUAUCACUCACUACAAGCGAAUCUCCCCGUUUCUGCUUUCUUGA